GUGGUCGUGGUCGUGGCCACAAGCAUCCCCGCUGAUCGAGUGCCGGACAUGGGCAAGAGGCAGCUCAUGAAUCUGCUGCUGCUGGGGGCUAUUUCACUCCCCACUGGCUUCAUGUUGGUUCCUUACGCAGCCUUCUUUGUCCCUCCCGGUGGUGGAGGCGCCGGUGGCGGUACGGUUGCCAAGGAUGCCAUCGGAAAUGAUAUCAUUGCUGCUGAAUGGCUCGAGAAUCAUGGCCCUGGGGACCGAACCUUGAGUCAAGGAUUGAAGGGAGACCCGACCUACCUAGUGGUGGAGAAGGACAGAACUCUUGCAAACUAUGGUAUAAACGCCGUAUGCACUCACCUUGGAUGUGUUGUUCCAUUCAAUCAAGCUGAGAACAAGUUCAUAUGCCCCUGCCACGGAUCUCAGUACAACGAUCAAGGACGAGUCGUGCGAGGACCAGCCCCGCUGUCCUUGGCAUUGGCUCAUGCCAAUGUGGAAGACGGGGGGAAGGUAGUCUUUACUCCAUGGACCGAAACAGAUUUCAGAACCGGCGAUGCCCCGUGGUGGGCGUAAACAUCCUCUGCUAUCUGGCGGCAGUUUCCGGUAUUCGAUACUUAUAUUCAGCUAGUAUGUUUUUCGCAACGUAGAUAAACAUGCUGUACCAUAGAGUAUAUAUCCAUUUGUGUA